CACUGGCGGGGCGUCGCGGGCUCUGGAGAUUGCGCCUGGGGACUUGCGCGGCGAACUGAGGGGAAAGUGGGUGGCCUGUACCCCAAAUCCACACAUUACCCCCCCCCCCAGUCGCAUGUAUGUGCUCGCUCUGGCCUGGAAGUUCUCCCGCCUUGGAGCGGGGCCGGGAUUCCGUGUAAUCCCUCCCUGUGUGUGCGGAAGCUUUGGCGCGGCGGAGCCUUUGAGGGACCGUUCUCGCCUCCUGGGUCCCUUGCUUCCUGCUCGUGAACCUGCGGCGGCAGUGAGGUGUUAGUUCCAUUGUGCAGAGCGCGGGCUCCGCCGUCCUGCGGGCUGGGUUCGAGUCCUUUUUGCCACUUGCUGGCUUUAGGACCCAGGACAAGUAAAUUCAAGGCUCGAAGCCUCAGCGAGUCUGAGAUGGGGUCUUCACACCGGUCCUCACGAGACUACCGCGAGAUUUUAAAAGCGCUUUUGGAGAAAGUGUUUGCUUUUGCUGGAGACGCACUGUAAGAUUCUUUCCUCUUCUUGGAGCGAAUAUAUCUGGGGGGGUCGCAGGGUUGAAGAAGAGGAUCUUCAGUGCUAAAGAGGGAGGAAGCUACAGUGAUUACGAACGGCCGAAAGGGGAUUAAAUUGACUACAGUCUCCCUUUAACUUCUUUGUUCUCAUCAGAUCGCUUGACCACUCCCGCCACUUGGCUCUCUCGACUGCACCCUCUCCAGGGAUGAUCACCAAAACCCACAAAGGAGACCUGGGCCUUGGGGUCCCAGAGAAAAAGAAGAAGAAGAAGAAGGUAGUCAAAGAACCAGAGACUCAGUACUCAGUUUUAAACAGUGAUAAUUAUUUCACUGAUAUCUGUCCCACAAGAGCCACAUCCCCCUCAAAGAAUGUGGUCCUAGGGCAGGCAUCUGAGAUCCCUCUAGUGAAGAAAAAGAAGAAAAAGAAGGGCCACAGCACCCUCUGCGAGGAGCACCUAGAACCUGAGACCAUAUUACGUGCUGGACGGACAGAGAAGUUGUACAGCCCCAGGAAGCAGGCUCUUGGUUCAUCUGAGUUCCAGAGUGGGGAGAAGAAAAAAAAGAGGAAGUCCUUAAGGCCUCUGGCCCUGUCUUCUGGCUCAAAAGUGAAGACCUCCCUGGACACAAGACAGGGCGAGGAGGUGACCAGAGUUGGCAAGAAGCCCAAAAAACACAAGAAGGAGAAAAAGGCCCAGGAGGCUGCAGCCUUCUCAGCCAAGGACCCUUGGUUCUGUGAGUCUGGGGAUACACUGUACACUUGCUCAGUGGAGAAGGAUGGCGAGGAGCAGGCAGCCUCAGGGCAGAAACGGAAGCAGGGGAGCCCCAGGGAAUGCAACGUGAAGAUGAAGAAGAAAAAGAAAAUCUACCAGAAGGGAGAUACCUCCCUAGAAGAGCAUCUUGAGUGCUCCAAGUCCGUGGAGAGCAGCCCUAGAAAAGGAAGUAAGAAGCCAGUCAAAGUUGAGGCUCCAGAAUGCAUCCCAAUAGGACAUAACCCCAAGUCCCCUGCAAAGAAGAAAAUGAAGUCCAAGAAAAAGGUAGAGCAGCCAGGCAUUGAGGAGCCAGCUCUGAAGAGGAAUAAAAAGAAGAAGGGGAAAGAGAGCAGAGUAGCAGAAGAACCUUGGGAAGAGGAGCCUGACACAGACUUAGAGGUGGUGUUGGAAAAGAAAGGCAACAUGGAUGAGGCGCACAUAGACCAGGUGAGGCGAAAGGCCUUGCAAGAAGAGAUCGAUCGUGAGUCGGGCAAAACAGAAGCUUCUGAACCGAGGAAGUGGACAGGAACUCAUUUUGGCCAGUGGGAUACUGCCAGCUUUGAAAACGAGGAACAGAAACUGAAAUUUCUCAAACUGAUGGGUGGCUUUAAAAAUGGGGCCCCUUCAUUCAGCCGCCCCUCUAACACGAUCGGAAGGCCCAACAUGGCUCUCAGCAAGAAGGCGGCCGAUGCCCUGCAGCAGAACCUGCAGCAGGACUAUGACCGGGCCAUGAGCUGGAAGCACAAGCGGGGCGCUGGCCUUGGCUUCUCCACCGCCCCAGACAAAACCUUUUAUAUUGACAGGAAUGCUUCCAAGUCUAUUAAGUUUGAAGAUUAGACUCUACUGUCUUGUCCUUCAAAACAGCCCAAAUUGCUUUUAUUAUUCAUUCAUGCAGUUGAAAGCCAUCUGACAACUGUCUCAGAUCAAACCUCUGCAGAGAUUAAGGAAAACUCUGCCUGUGUGCUUGGACGAAGUGGGGUCAGGGAGCUCAUGUUUCAGAAGCCAAGAGAACAUGUGAGUGGCUAACACCUACUAUUUUGUGUAUUAAGCAUUCCAUCCCUGUGUGAAGACAUCAGCAUAUAUAAAUAAUAGCUAAAUUUGCUGAGUGCUUAGUAUGUGCCAGGUACGUACUACUGUGUUUCCCUCGCAUUAAUGUAGUUAGUAAUUAUGAAAUAGGUGCUAUUAUCCCCAUCUUACCGAUGAGGAAACUGAGGUUCAGGGAUGAAGUAAUAAAAUUGCCCGGUUCACCCAACCA